AUGGCAAACAAAAAGUAUGGCUUCCAGCGCCAAGGAUCUGUCACUCUACAGCGCCGGCUAUCGCAGCAGUUCAGAAGGAAUGCCUGGCUGGCACCACCGUCAGAUAAAAUCUACGCCGGGAUUUCUGCCAGCUUCGAAAACGAUCAGGUUUCCUCUAUUUCUGUCUCUAUUCGAAAUGCCACCUACCUGCUCGAUUUUAUCGAGAGAUCACACGCCGAAGGGGAAAGACCAUCUGUCGAAAUCCUCACCGAUUUCCUCAUCACCCAGCUCCGGGCUUAUGCAGAGAGAACCUUGGAGAAGAUUAUGGGAGCGGCAAUGCCCCAGCAUGUUGCGGACUCUUGCCCUAAACUAUGUUCCCGUCUGUGGGCCGAACUCGACAUCAUCCCACUAGUAUUACCCGAUUCCUUCUUGAUGGAUAUGAACGAGACGCGGGCACAGAUCAAAUCGAUAGAUGAACAGGCUGAAGCCAUGUCACAGAGAUGUGUUCGGUUAUUUGGACCAGAAAACGUUCCCUUGUUGCAAGUUGGUUUUAUGGGCCAAGUGCAGGUAGACACAAACUUCCACGUGCGGCUUUCCAACCUCGAAGAUUUCCAAAACACCGUGUCUCCCGAAACCUGGGGAGCUGUGCAGCAUUAUGCCUCGGACCUAAAGAGACGGAACGUCAAGAUUGCAUUCUUUAGUGCGACGCCGCAGGGAGGUGGUGUUGCUUUGAUGCGGCACUCCAUUGUGCGAUUUUCGCAUACAUUGGGCACGGAUAUCAAAUGGUACGUGCCAAGACCAAAACCAGACGUCUUUCGUGUCACCAAGAACAAUCACAACAUCCUGCAAGGCGUUGCAAAACCAGAUGAGCGCUUAAGCCCCGACGACCAGAAGUUGUUGACGGAAUGGAUCGACGAGAACACAAAACGGUAUUGGUCCUGCCCUGACGGUCCUCUAUGUUCACCAUCGGAAGGGGGAGCAGAUGUGAUAGUCAUAGAUGAUCCUCAGAUGCCAGGGUUGAUUCCUAUCGCCAAGAAAGCAGCUCCAGACCGACCGGUUAUCUUUCGGAGUCACAUUCAGAUACGAAGUGAUCUAGUCAACACGCCGGGCACUCCACAAGCAGAAGCAUGGGAGUUUUUGUGGAAGCAAAUCAAACUUGCCGAUUGCUUUAUCAGUCACCCAGUCAAGGCGUUUGUGCCUCAAGACGUGCCACCAGAGAUCUUGGGCUACAUGCCGGCCUCGACCGAUUGGCUGGAUGGAUUGAACAAAAAUAUGCGUGAUUGGGAUGUGGCACAUUAUGGUCGCAUUUUCAAUGCAGCGUGCAGGAAUGCGGACAUGCCGAUGAUCGAGUACCCAGACGAUCAUUACAUUGUGCAGAUCGCACGGUUCGACCCAGCUAAAGGGAUCUUUGAUGUGUUGGCCUCGUACGAGAAAUUCUAUAACCGCCUCAUCGAGAAUCGGCCAGAUCUCAAACCGCCAAAGCUCUUGAUCUGCGGACACGGCUCCGUAGACGAUCCAGAUGGAGCUAUGAUUUACGAUGAAGUGAUUGAAUACGUCGAGCACAGGGUUCCACAUCUUCGUAAAUUCAUUUGCGUGAUGAGAUUAAACCCCCUGGAUCAAGUUCUGAAUGCGGUUCUUUCAAAAGCUGCAAUUGCACUGCAGCUUUCAGUCGAAGAAGGAUUCGAGGUCAAGGUAUCCGAGGCGAUCCACAAGGGAAAGCCGGUCAUUGCCACCCGGGCUGGUGGCAUCCCACUUCAAGUUGAGCAUAUGAAGAACGGCUUCUUGGUGGAUGUCGGCGACACCGAUGCUGUAGCGGGACAUUUGUAUGAUCUGUGGGUUGACAAGGCACUCUAUGACCGCAUGUCAACCUAUGCAGUCAGUCACGUCUACGACGAGGUUAGUACAGUGGGACAUGCGCUGUCUUGGAUGUACUUGUUCUCGAAGUUUUCCAAAGGUGAGCCUGUACGGCCACACGGACGGUGGAUUAAUGACAUGGCAUUUGAAGAAAGUGGUAUUGAUCGGGGUGAUAUGCCUCGGCUCAAGCGCGAAGUGGAGGUAGCCAAAAUGGGAUGA